AUGCCGCACACGCAGAUGAUUUACGAUUCCGAUGACUCGGACUUUUCGGAGACCGAUGUCUCGAUCCAAGGUCAUCGAGGCGGCCGUGCUCACUUCCGCCGACGUUCUAUCUCCCGCCCCCGUGUAUCGGAGACUCUGCUUUCGCCUCCGCCACAGCGAGGAGUGUUCCGGUCGUCGUCGACAGGUCGUCGCCGGGACCGUGAACGCGACCGCCCGGUCAACGUGAUGAUCCAUAACGAUCUGGAACAGCGCAGCAACAACGCCAGUAGCAGCAAGCCCCGCAUGAAACAAUCCAAGAUGGUCGAAGUCCCUGACCUCGACGAGGAAGAAAUCAGUCGCUCUCGCGGCCGGGCAGCUACUGGUGUCUCGCGCGAAGCGUCCCCUUACCACCGUGACUAUGAACUCGCCUUCAGCCAGCGGCUCCUGGAGCACGACAAUACGCGCCAAGACUUAGAGAUCUUCAAGCACCAGCAGGAGAUCGAGCGCUUGGAGCGCGAGCUGCAAAAACAUCGUGAGCGGGCGGAGAAUCCGCGGAACGCUCAUGAGUCAAGCCUGCUGCAUGCCGACGAGGAUUGGUACGAGGCCAAGAUCAGUGAGCGUAUGCGCUGGAUGGAAAAAUUGGAGAAACAGGAGCGCAAGGCCCGGAGCGAAGAAGUGCGCCAGCGAAUUAUUGAGGAGGAGAUACGCAAGGCCGAUGCGCAGCGACGCCUGGAGAAGUUCGAGAAAAAAACACAUGAAGAAGAGGAGCGCGAGAAGGCCGAUGCGCAGCGGCGCCUGGAGAAGUUCGAGAGAAAAAUACAUGAAGAAGAGGAGCACGAGAAGGCUGAGGCCGCGUGGCGCCUGAAGAAGUUCGAGGAAUCUGAGAAGGAGGCGGCCGAUCAGAAAGAGUUGAUGAAGAAGAUUGAACUGCAGAAGUUAAAGGAGUUGGCCGACGCUCAGAAGGAGAAGGCCAAGCGUGACAAGCUCAAGCAGGAGUUUAUCGAGGAGCAGGAACGCGCCGCGCGUGAGGCGAAUGAGAAGAGGCAACAGGAGCUCCUGAUGAAGAAGGCUGCCAUUGAGGAGUGGAAGAUGGAACAAGAGAAGGCGAAACAAAGGGCCAAGGAGGAGCAAGAGAAGAAGGACAAAGAGUUCCGUGAUCGCUUGCGUCACGAAUUCGGCUAUACCGAGGAGGAGAUCGAGAAGAUGCUGAACAAGGAGAAGAAGGAAGAAAAGGAAAAGAAAAAAGAACACAAAGAGCACGACCAGAAGCAGCUCGAGGAGUCAUCCAGGACCACAUGGAUCAAGGUCCACCGCAAGCACCUGCUCCCCGAAACCUUGCUGGCAUACAAUCUUCCAUGGGAUUGGGACGAGCGCGACACCAACUAUAUCAUCAUCAAGCGGUGGGUCUCCGAAGACUUCCAGGAAGAGCUCUUUUCCCACACCCGCCGUAUACGCGAGGGCAAAAUGAUCGCCCAGACCUCCAGCUCGACGACCGAACUCAAGGUCAACGACCGCAACAAAGACAAAAUGUACCUGGUCCGCAAGAAGAGCCCCAGCCGGCGGCUGCGCCUCUUCUUAUAA